AGUGAGAGCUGCCGCUGUGGACCGUGUGGACCGGCGGAGAGACAUGUAUCAGUUAUACGCCACAGGAGCCAGAAAUCCACUCAGUACUGAAGCCGGUAAACCGUCAUGAUUCCCAUCACUGAGCUGCGGUAUUUCGCGGACACCCAGCCGGCAUACCGAAUCCUGAAGCCAUGGUGGGACGUGUUCACCGACUACAUUUCCAUCGUCAUGCUGAUGAUCGCGGUGUUCGGCGGGACGCUCCAGGUCACCCAGGACAAGAUGAUCUGCUUGCCCUGCAAGUGGGUGGUCAACCAGACUUGCAAACACCACCUCAACGUCAGCGUCCCGCUUCACACCGAGCCCAAAGGCAUCCAAUACGACCUCGACCGGCACCAGUACAACUACGUGGACGCCGUGUGCUACGAAAACAAGCUGCACUGGUUCGCUAAAUACUUCCCAUACCUGGUGCUCCUCCACACACUCAUCUUUCUGGCCUGCAGCAACUUCUGGUUCAAGUUUCCACGCACCAGUUCCAAGCUGGAGCAUUUCGUGUCCAUUCUGCUGAAGUGUUUCGAUUCGCCCUGGACGACCCGAGCACUUUCUGAGACCGUAGUGGAGGAGAGCGAUCCCAAGCCGGCAGGGAAGAUGAACGGCUCCAUGGAUAAGAAAGCCUCCAGUGUUAGCGAUCAGGACGUGGAGGCGAGCGUCCCAAUGCUGCAGAGGACCAAAUCCAGGAUCGAGCAGGGCAUUGUGGAUCAUUCGGAGACCGGCGUGCUGGACAAGAAGGAAGGAGAGCAGGCCAAAGCGCUGUUUGAGAAGGUGAAAAAGUUUCGCAUCCAUGUGGAGGAGGGCGACAUCGUCCACCGUCUCUACAUCCGCCAAAUCAUCAUCAAAGUCAUCCAGUUCCUCAUCAUCAUCUGCUACACCAUGUACUACGUGCACUACAUCACCUUCAGCGUCACCUGCACAGUGGACAUCGAGAGACUGACCGGAUAUCGCACAUACCACUGUGCACAUCCGCUAGCCACACUUUUCAAGAUCCUAGCCUGCUUCUACAUCAGCCUGGUGGUGGUUUACGGCCUCAUAUGCAUGUACACGCUAUACUGGAUCAUCAGUCGCUCGCUUAAACGAUAUUCAUUCGAGUCUAUCCGUGAAGAGAGCAGUUAUAGCGACAUCCCGGACGUCAAAAACGACUUCGCCUUUAUGCUGCAUAUGAUCGAUCAGUACGACCCGCUGUACUCCAAGAGGUUUGCUGUCUUUCUGUCGGAGGUCAGUGAGAAUAAGCUUCGGCAGCUGAAUCUGAAUAACGAGUGGACACUGGAGAAACUCCGACAGAGAAUCACCAAAAACUCGCAGGAGAAGCUGGAGCUGCAUCUGUUUAUGCUGAGCGGGAUUCCUGAUACGGUGUUCGACCUGGUGGAGCUGGAGGUUCUGAAACUGGAGCUGAUUCCAGACAUCACGAUCCCGCCGAUCAUCGCACAGCUCUCCAAUCUGAGAGAGAUGUGGCUUUACCACACGCCGGCCAGAAUCGAAGCUCCGGCUCUGGCCUUCCUGCGGGAAAACCUCACAUCCCUGCACAUCAAGUUCACAGACAUCAAGGAGAUUCCGCUGUGGAUCUACAGCCUCAAGAACCUCAGCGAGCUCCAUCUGACGGGAAACCUAAGUGCAGAAAACAACCGAUUCAUCGUCAUCGACGGCCUGCGGGAGCUCAAGAGACUCAAAGUGCUGCGGCUGAAGAGCAACCUCACCAAACUGCCUCAGGUGGUGACAGACGUUGGUGUCCAUCUGCAGAAGCUCUCCAUCAAUAACGAAGGCACCAAACUGAUGGUCCUGAACAGUCUGAAGAAGAUGGUGAACCUGACAGAGCUGGAGCUGCUGUGCUGUGAUCUGGAGAGGAUCCCGCACUCCAUAUUCAGCCUGCACAAUCUACAGGAAAUUGAUCUGAAGGACAACAACCUGAAGACCAUCGAGGAGAUCAUCAGUUUCCAGCAUCUCCACAGGCUGGUGUGUUUGAAACUCUGGUACAACCAGAUCGCCUACAUCCCUAUUCAGAUCGGCACGCUCACCAACCUGGAGCGCCUGUACCUGAACAGAAACAAGAUUGAGAAGAUCCCGGCUCAGCUGUUCUUCUGCAGGAAGCUGCGUUAUCUGGACCUCAGUCACAAUAACCUGACCAGCAUUCCUGCAGACAUCGGCUUCCUUCAAAACCUGCAGUACUUUGCUGUGACCGCCAACAGAAUUGAAACUUUGCCACCUGAGUUGUUCCAGUGUAAGAAGCUGCGGACGCUGAAUCUGGGAAAUAACUGCCUUACCGCUCUGCCAUCCCGUUUCGGAGAGUUAAGCGGCCUGACGCAGCUGGAGCUCCGCGGGAAUCGUCUGGAGGGAUUACCGGUGGAGCUUUCCGAAUGCCGCCUCCUGAAGCGCUCGGGUCUGAUCGUGGAGGAGGAUCUGUUCAACACUUUACCUCCAGAGCUCAAGGAGCAGCUCUGGAGAACUGAUAAAGAACAAGCCUGAGGGGACGCCUUCAUGUGGUCUUCUGCUUUCAUUUCAGAUUUUUUUUAAAAUGAUUUUUAAUUUUGUGGACGAUUAUUGCUUUUGUGUUUUUAUCCGUUUGAAGGGAAGUUGCGGACCGUAAAGUGCCAUUUGUCCCUGGAAACACACAUACACUGAUACACACUCUCAAUCUGGUGGUUAAACCUAACUACUUUCUGUUUUGGUGAGUUAUACCUAUUCAUAUGAAUUCAUACGAUCUCAUUUGUACCAAACUUUUGUCUGAUUUUCAUCAUGAAUGCCCACGUUUAAAUGGUACAUUUAAUCAUCGUAAUUAUUUUAGCAUGACGGACCAUCUAACUUUACCAUCAAAUAAAUAUAAUGAAGUCUGCUACUAAGCGCAGGUCACAAAAUCACAUAAAAAUGUUUCGUUUUUAUCAUGAAGGCCCACGUUUCUAAAUAAUUUACAAUCCAGCGUACAAUUUUUAGCAUGACGGACCAUCUAACUUUACUGCAAAAAAAAAAAA